AUGGAGCAUUCAGGAGGUACAGUCACUUUUAAAGCAGAGAAGUUUGAGCUGCCCUUAAGUCAGAGUCUAAAAUCGGAAGCAAGUGAAGCCAUGGAUGAUAGUUUUAACGAUAUUGAUUUUGCAGAAAUAGACUGGAAUUUUUGUGUUCCUAAUGCAAAAACAGAAACUGAUCAUAGGUCAGGAAAAGAUUUGGCUGAUGAUCGCUCCCUGAAAGGGGAUAGUGAAGAUGCUGGUAAAGGAACCAAAGGCUUUUGUGGAUUUUCAACUGGCCUAGGAAAAUCGGUGAAAGUCAGUGAUAAAGCACUUCAGCAUGCUAAGAAACUACUUGAAGAUACACUAGAAGAUGAAUAUGUGAAAGAUAAAGUAACUAAUAAAGAAGACAUAGAAGCCUAUCCCAACAGUGUUUCUAAGAAUACAGGAGUGAAAACAGUUCUUAGACAUAAUAAGAAGUCCGUGUCUAGCAACUUUGAAAGCUCUGAAUAUAUUAUGGGGACAGAUGCAAAAUGUGAAGACUCUUCAGGAGAUGCCAACUAUUGCUGCCUUUUCAAUGGCUGCAAUAGUGUGUCAGGUAAUCUUAACCUACAGUCUCAUCAGACGGAAGCAUCAUCUCCAGUGUCUGAGAAUUUGUUUCAUCACAAGGCAGAUCAACUAGCUUGUUUAGAAAAGGUAUCAAAGGAAUCAACUUCAAAUGCAAAAUUAGUACAGGAUACCAAUAUUGGCUUUAAAACUGCAAGAGGUACAAAUAUUGUGGUUAAUCCUGAAGCUCUUAACAAGGUGAAAAGGCUUUGGGCAGAAGAAAUGAAACUGGAAGACCAACAGGUUCAGACCUUAAGUGUUAUGGAUGAUACUGAAUUUGGUUUUAAAGGUAAGGAGACUAUUUUUGAUUCGAAUAUUAAGUUCCCAAAAAAUCUGCAAAUAGGAAAUGCAAUGCCAGGGUUUGCUACAGCUGCUGGAAAAGCACUUACAGUUAGUGAGAAGGCCUUGAAAAAAGCACAGGGCCUUUUGGAGGAAAGUAGUGAAGAAGCCAAACUGCACUACAAUAACUUGAGUGGUAGUGUUGAUAGUACCAGACAGGUAUUGAGAGAAGAAAAAGAAGGAAGAACAAUCCAGAAUCAGAGAAGUAACACACCUGCACUAAAGGAUGAGGCCAGAGAUAUAAUGAAUAGAGAAAAUUAUCAAGAAUCUAAGACAAGUAGUUCUUCUGCUGUGCUUAUAUCACACAAGCAAAUGGAUGAAACUAAAAAACUAACAGAAGAGUUAGCAGAUGUUGAUGGUAAAUGUAGUGGUGACAAACUAUCCUGUGCACAAGUCAAAGGUCCUACCAAAUCCAGGGAUUUUGAGCAUCUACAACAGUUUGGAGGUUUUUCCACAGCACGAGGUACAAAGGUGAGGAUCAGCAAUGCAGCCCUUCUGAGAGCAAGGAAGCUGUGGGAGGAAGAUGACACCACCUCAGGUGAUUUGCCAGAUCCAAAGUUUGGGAACACCUUACAAAGUAUGGUAUCGAGUGAAGUUUCUGAGACUCAGACCAAGGAGAGGGAAAAAUCCUUGCAUUCAAAUAAGGAAGCCAUUGCUCCAUCACCUAAUAAUUUUCUGGGCUUUUGCACAGGUCAGGGUAAGCCUGUUGAGGUUAGCAAAGAGUCAUUAGCAAGGAAUAGGAAUAUUUUUGAAGAUAUUGAUAUUCCUGAGGAUGAGAAAUCACAUGGUACAAGAGCUGAAGUUCUGCAGCCAGAAUGCAAGUCCAAAGAUUUUGCAGAUGUUGGAGGAAGGAAUUUGGAAGUUAAUGGAGGCUAUGAAGUGGGGAACACAAAUAGUGUCCUCGAUUUGGAGGAGAAAUUAGCUGGUGAGGAAAAAGCCUAUAACUUAAAUCAAAACUUUAAUUCUCAUCGUGGCUUUGUUACUGGCAGAGGGAAAUGUGUAGAAGUUAAAAAAGAAACUUUGGAAAGGGUGAGCAAAAUGUUUAUGGAUGAAAAUGAUAUUAUAGAAUGUGAAAAGAAUUUGGAAUAUAAUGAAAAUAACCUUAGAAACUUGGGAAUAUUAAAUAUGGAUGGAGAAAAUGCAUCAAAGAAGGAAAAGCUUAGAGAACAUGAAGAUGAACACAUAGAAGAAACAAUAGAUUUUCCAGUUAAAGAGCAACACUGUGCAGGCUCACAAAAGACCACAACAAGAUUGGCAGCACUGGAUAGAGGGGUGCCUAUUAAAUGUGGGAAACGGAAAUUUUCUGAAUUGGGGCUGGCUGAACUGGACCCAGAUAAACAGAUUGCGAGACCUUCAAACAAGAGGCUGUCCCUUGGAAAUUCAAGAAACACCAAUGGAAUCCCAAGGAAGAGCAUCUCGAAGCUAGGAAGGAGAGGUCACUCACAGUCAGCCAAAACCUCCCAUGAAAUGCACCUCAGUCCAGCUGCAAAGUCUCAGUCACAGCCCACUCUCCUGGCACCCAGUCCCCAUCCCCUUCCACCAGAGAGUCACACAAAAGCACAAGACAGUCUGCAGACACUGGGGAAAAUCACAGCUUUAACAGACACCCAGGAGAUAUGUGCUAUCACAGAAGCUUUCUUGGAGGAUGAUUUGAGGGAAGGGAAAGAUUCAUUGGAGAGUUUUAAUAGGAAGAGGUCGAGAGAAGCUUCAGGGUAUGAUGGGCCUUCUGGCAAGAAAUUCAGAGUACCUCAAAUGCCUUGCAGUCAAAUGGAGGAUGCAGAAACAUAUGCUGCUGAUGAGGUAGUAGAGUCAGGCAGGGAGAUGGCACGGCUGAAGCAGAGAAAGGUGGCUCAGUAUAAAGAGAAGCGCCCUGUGACUCCCAUCCAGGGUGUCCUUCACAGGUUUCGGAGUGACAAGAAGCAUUCUAGGAUCAAGAUGCAGUCCUUAGGCUCUUUAAAGGUCAACAGAAAUGUUUCAUGUGAGGUAGCCAGCAUAAAUGCCAGUAAUGCAAGGAUGUUUCGAUUUCCUGUAAAGGACCGAAGAUGUGAAACUGUGACCUGUGAAGAUGGCUGCACCUUGGUUCCAAGCUCAGACGGAUUUAUAGGAGUUAAGGAAAUUGAGCAAGGAUUUUUGGCAGCUCCAGGUGUUCACCCAGGCCUCGUGCCACCCUCCUGGGUCAUUAACCAUUACCGCUGGAUUGUGUGGAAGCUGGCAGCGCUGGAGAGAAGGCUACCCCAUAGUACCUUGACACCAGAAAAUGUUAUGGCAAGACUCAAGUACAGGUACGACCGUGAGAUUGACCGUGCUGAGCGCCCUAUCCUAAGAAAGAUAAUGGAACAUGACGAUGUCCCUCAGAAGACCAUGAUCCUUUGUGUAGCACAUGUUAAGAAGACUCCCGAGACCACUCAUGAAGGAGAUGGCGUGACAGAGACAAGACCUCGCAGUCCAUAUGCUGCUUCAGAAACUAUUCUGGAACUCACGGAUGGAUGGUACAGCAUUGAUGCACUGACUGACACAGCAUUAUCAAGAUUUGUUUUGGAGGAGAAAGUGAAGAUAGGGACCAAGCUGUUAAUCCAUGGAGCAGAGAUGGCCAAGCACUCUCCACCUUGUCACCCACUGCAGGCUUCUUCCUCUGUUUGCCUGCGCCUGCACACCAACAUGACACGAAGAGCUAAGUGGUGGUCACGCUUGGGCCUGGCACCCCAGUGUGGGCCUCUGCCUACAUUGAUCCGGGGAAUUCAGGGAGAUGGAGGUCUUGUGGGUCGACUCACUGUCCUGUUGGCCAGGGUGUAUCCCCCUCUAUACUUCGAGAAGACAGGAGGGAAGUCUGUAUUCCGGUCUGAAAGGGCCCAUAAUAGACUUUUGAGGGAGAAUCAGCGGGAAAAGGAGCGAAAUGUGCAUCAGAUACUGGCUGAGGUCGAGAGAGAGUUUGAUUCGCGGGCUGUAUCCCAGAGGCAAAGUCGAAAGACCAGCAGUUCCGUGUUGAGGGGUGAGGAGAUACGCAAUUUGACCUCAGGCAAGGAUAUUGCCCAAGUCAUGGAGGAGGCAAUGGAUCCAUCCAGCUUGGAGGGCCUACUCAGUACACACCAGAUUGAGCUUGCAAGAUCAUGGAGGCAAAGGGAAGCUGAGGAGAGAAAGAGACUGAUUAAUUUGGAAGUUCAGCAAAGGUUGGCCAAGAAGCAGAAGCUGUAUGAAGCCGUUACCAUUUUGAAGAUACGCAUAGUGGACACUGAAGGAGGAAGUGCAUUGGUGACUAUCUGGAGACCAACAGAGGAAAUCAUACAAGCUCUGACAGAAGGAACUGUGUUUUCAGUGCAUUACCUUUGUGCAAAUGGUCAUAAGUACGGAGACUUGCAGUUGACUGCCACCAGGCAAACUAGGUGGGAGAGGUUGACAAGUCCCAGCCUUUCCCAUUUUCAAGAUGUGUCACGAGAAGUCACACCUCUGUGUUUGACCUCCUCGGGAGAGCUGGCUCCUCUUUGGCGGGAGGUGGAUGUGGUGGGAAUUGUGCUUAGAGUUGGCGGGCUUGAGGCAGGCUGCCAGCUGGUUCAUCUGGUGGAUCACCAGGUCAAUAUUCUGGCUCUGAAGUUCUGGGGAGGAAUCAAGGAAUGUGGAAUGGAAGACAAGGUUCAAGUGGGUGUCUUGCUGUGCGUGUCCAAUGGCAGCUGGAGAGGGCAUACGGGGGGGAGAUUUGGAUGUGUACACAUAACAGAGCUGACGGCUGUCACAACUCAGCCCCGCAGGCCUCAUCUUGAAGAGCAAGCUUCCCAUCUAAAGAGGAGUGUUGAAAAUAUGAAGACUCUUCUGUGCGACGGAGAUAUGAAGUUGGAUGGCCAAUUUAAUGAAAGAGUCUCACCUGAGGGAGGGACUUCCCCAUCCCAAGAGCAGAGCAGGGUAGGCCAGGAGAAUGGUCAAGGAUCAACUGUUCACGAGAAUGCACAGGGAGAUUACGAAAAAGAGCACAAAGAUGGCACUCCAAGCACAGGUCUCGGCAGACUGCAGCAACGUUCCAGGGAAAUACGCAGCAAGUUUAAGGCACUGGGAAGCUACGGAACACCAUCAGCGCUGCGGUCACUGAAAUCUCCAGCCUCCAGAGGCACACACAAGCCUUUUCGAAUGCCAUUCCGUCAGCCUCUUGAUUCGGCUAAAAACCAAUAGGCUAAUUAAUGGAAUGCAAUGGAAUACCUGUCUAUUUUUGUCUGACACUGGAUCGCUUCAGUUCCUUGAUAUGGAUCAUGAAAUUUCAUUGGUUCCAUGUUUAUAUUCUGUGAUGUUUUGUUAAGAUACAGACUGUGAUUUUGUUAGAAGCCAUAUGGCCUAGCCUUACUUAAUUUAAGUACUUUAGAUUUAUUAUUUUUAUUAGGUUUGUGAUAUUGCCAAGAAACUUUUUUUUUAUUAUUAUUGUGUUACAAUAUUUUUUACGUAUUAGAAUGUGUGUAAAAAGGAUAUCCUUUCUUUAGAUUCCUUGAGUAGAAGGCAUACCAAAUAAAGAUGUAUAGACUGA